AUGUCGUCGCCAGCCCAACCUAGCAAGCCCUGGACCAGUGUGGAUGAGUUGGAGGAGCAAGCUGUUCCCCAUCUCCCAGCCUCUAUAGCCGGAUACUACCUUGGGCACUCGGAGAGGGGGGUGACGGUGCGAGACAACGUGACUGCCUUCACCCGCUGGCGCCUGCUGCCCCGCUGUAUGGUGGAUGUGUCGACCGUGAACACCUCCUGCACCAUACUAGGAUCGAACCUGCUCAUGCCUAUCCUGAUCGCCCCCAUGGCGAUGCAGCGGAUGUGCCACCCGGACGGCGAGCUAGCAGUGGCACGCGCGGCGGCAAGCGUGGGCUCUGGCAUGAUCCUGUCCACGAUGAGCACGGCCCCCCUCGCUGACGUGGCAGAGGAGCUCCCCUCGUCCACGCACGCCCUCAAGUGGUUCCAAGUGUACGUGCUCUCUCGGCGGGAUGUCACAGCCCACAUGGUGAAGGAGGCAGAGGCGGCCGGAUACACCGCCAUUGUUGUGACCGUCGAUGCCCCCAGGCUAGGGAAGCGCGACAUCGACGACAAGCUGCACUUUGACAUCCCGCCCCACCUCAGCCUGGCCAACCUCAAGGCGCUGCAGGAGGAGGCGGGGCGGCCGGCCAGCGGGCACAGCCAGGGCUCCGGCUUCGCGGCCUACUUCACCAGCCUCAUAGACCCCUCCUUAACCUGGGACUGCAUCGCCUGGCUGAAGUCGGUCACUCGCCUACCCAUCCUGGUCAAGGGAGUGCUGGCCCCGGACGAUGCCAGGGCCGCCAUCCGGGCGGGGUCCGAUGGCAUCGUCGUCAGCAACCACGGCGGCCGCCAGCUGGACGGCACGCCCUCGGCGCUGGACGUCCUGCCCCACGUGGCGGCCGCCGUGGCGGGGCGGGUGCCCAUUCUGAUGGACGGCGGGUGCCUCGCGCUGGGGGCCAGCGCCGUGCUGAUUGGGCGGCCCGUGCUGUGGGGCUUGACCCUGGGGGGGGAGGAGGGGGUCCGUGCCGUCCUGAGCACCAUGCGCGCCGAGCUGGAGCUCAGCAUGGCGCUGCUGGGGGCCCUGGGUGCCAACUUCUCAGGGGUGACCAGCGCCAUCCUCUCCUUCUUCCCCGACACCGCGAGGAGCCUGCGCCUGGACACCAUCUACCCCAUCCAGGGUUUCCAGCGCUGGCGAGACGAGGCCGCGGGGUUCGAGCUGGUCUUCCCCAGCGCAUGGAGCGCGGACCUCUCCGUCCGCCGCAGGCUGGCCGAGGACGCCAGCUGGCAGCGACCCAGCCCCGGUCUGCCACCGCUGGGCCUGGCGCCGAGGCCCUCCCGCGGCCCUGUGGUGGCCUUUGGGCCGCGGGGUACUACUGGUGAGGAGAACAUCUCCGUCAUUGUCUCCCGGGUGGGGCCCAGCAGUUCAGACUCUGCGCAGUCGCUCUUUCCAGACGAGGAGGGUGCCCAGGCCUUCCUGGACAGAGUCGUCGCCCGGCCCUCGGCCGGAAUCACCGCCGCCCUACGCAGCCUGCGCACCAGGACGGAUGGCGCUGGGCGCGUGUACACAACCAUGGACUUCCUGGUCUCCUCCCCCAGGUGGCAGCGCGCCAACCUGUCCACAUAUGUCAUGAGUGGCCAGUCCCUGUACACCCUGAACUGCCAGUGCUCGGCCCAGAAUGCCAGCGACCGGGCACGCAUGUUCCAGGUGGUCACUGAUAACUUUGCCGUGGCGCCGCGGGCACCAGGCCAGUGA